AUGUUACAAACAACUUCAACCCUGGCAUUUAAGUUCAAGGAUGGAAUCAUUGUAGCCGCUGACACCUCAGUAACCUAUGGAUCACUAGCAGCAACCAAACUAAAUCGCAUUUUCUGCAUCAACAAUACUCUAAUUACAUUCAAUGGCUUUGUUGGAGAUUUCUUACAGGUUAAAAAAGACCUAGAGCAAGAGAUUGCCAAUGAUAAGAGUCCUAUUGAUGCUAAAGGAAUAUUCAAGUUCCUACAACUUGUUUUGUACGGUGCUAGGUCCAAGACUGAACCAAAAUUCUGUUCAAUUGUUGUAGCUGGAAUUGGUAAGGCAAAUACCAAUCUAGGAGAGUCUGGCAACCCUAACAUGUUUCUGGGAACAAUUAAUUCAAAAGGCGUAUUCUGGGAAGACACUUCAGUUGCAACUGGAUUUGCUUCACACUUUGCUCUACCUCUUUUCAGAGCAACAAACCUAGAAGAAAUGAAUUAG